UUCAUUGUGCUACGGUCUAUCCACCCCCCUGCUGCUGCUGGGCUUGCGAUUGCCGCUCGCUCCAGCUGAGCUAAGAGUAGCAGCAGCACCAGGGCAAGGACUCACUCCAGUCCUUGGACUUAGGACAUCGCAACACCUUCCGUUGCGCGGACGACUCAUUCGCACAUCAUUUCUGUGUAUGCCUGGGGUGGGGAGAAAAAUCCCAAACCAGUUGGUACUUGGCAGGAUGAGCAACAACGAGCCUGACCCCUUGACCUGGUUUGUGGCUUCUGUGACAGACAUAAGUUGGCCCCAGCAGCAUGUGGACAAUGAAAUGUUGCACUGUGUAAAUGAGUAUGGAAGAUUAUGAUUUCCUGUUUAAAAUUGUUUUAAUUGGCAAUGCUGGUGUGGGGAAGACGUGCCUAGUCCGACGAUUCACUCAGGGUCUUUUUCCGCCUGGCCAAGGAGCCACAAUUGGAGUUGAUUUUAUGAUUAAGACAGUGGAGAUUAACGGUGAAAAAGUAAAGCUUCAGAUCUGGGACACAGCAGGUCAAGAGAGAUUCCGGUCCAUUACCCAGAGUUAUUACCGAAGCGCCAAUGCCUUGAUCCUCACCUAUGACAUAACCUGUGAGGAGUCCUUCCGUUGCCUUCCUGAGUGGCUGCGGGAAAUAGAACAAUAUGCCAGCAACAAGGUCAUCACUGUGCUAGUCGGCAACAAGAUUGAUCUGGCUGAAAGGAGAGAAGUCUCCCAGCAGAGAGCUGAAGAAUUCUCAGAAGCUCAGGACAUGUAUUAUCUGGAGACCUCAGCCAAGGAAUCUGAUAACGUGGAGAAACUCUUCCUUGAUUUAGCUUGCCGCCUGAUCAGUGAAGCCAGGCAGAACACACUUGUGAACAAUGUAUCAUCACCCUUACCUGGAGAAGGGAAAAGCAUCAGCUAUUUGACUUGCUGUAAUUUCAACUAAAGGCUGAGGCAAGGAGAAGCGAAAGAAAUCAGCAGCCGCCCCAGUGGGCCACAAGUUGCUGGGGCGAUCUGGCAAUGAAGGUGGUUCCUGCUCUUGGACCUUCUGACUCCUGUGGCUCCCGAGUUUACAAAGCAUGGCAGGCCAAGGGACUUGUCCACAGGCCAGCAUAAGCAGAACAUAUAGUGGUUUCACUCUUUUGCAGUAUGGAGUCAGAGCAAGGAGAAAAUUGCACUAGGCGCUCCAUGACCUGCAGAGCAUGUUGCUUUUGUUUUUUUAAAAAAGCAAGUAAAAGCGCAUUCCUGAACACAGUCAGGGGGAUGCCUCCUGCUCAUCAGUGGGUGCAUGCGGGGGCUAUUCUUUAGGGCUUCUGGGGGCCCUGGUUUUCAUGUCCACCAGAUAAACCAAAACUGAGAAGGCCAAGUACUGUCUCUGUGGUGUGUGUUGAUGACCCCAUGGAGAUUUUGAAAAGUGUUAUUUCUCUUGUCCACAGGCACUUUUAAGAACUUUAGAUGUAAAAAUGAAAUGAAACCUUUACCCAUGACCAACAGUUAACAAUUUUUGUUUUAAUAGCAUAUACAAGCUACAUGACUCCUUUUGGUGCUAAUGAUCCUGCUAUUCCACAGACCAAACGUUUUAGUACAUUUAUGUCCUUAAAUGUAUUUCAUAGAAAUAAAUAAUAAUAAGGCAAGUCCAUGAAUCAGCACUCUUAAAGUCUCAUUGCUACUUUUUCUAGGGUGGAUUUGUUGGGAAAGAGAAAACUUUCCUUUCAUGUUCCACUGUAAAUCUUACCAUUUUCUUAUUCUGUUCUCCAUCUUUCCUGCCCUUUAAGCAAAUGAAAAAGUUUGAAAAAAUAAAAAAAAAAAGAAUUCUUGAUAAUAUUCUAAUAUAAAAGAUUAGCUCUACGACAUGAUGAGUAGUAUGAGAAAACAGACCAGAACUGACCAAAAUACUGUGGAUUAAUGGACUGCAGUGCAAAGUUCCAAGCAGAGCACGGUCCUUGAUAGCAGGUCACAUCUUUUAUUUCUGGUACUAUCCAUCUUGGACAGAUCAAGGCUUAGGAUUUUGUAAACGUUUUUUAAUAUAAGCGAGAAUAGCAACAGAUGAAAACUCUCAUGAACCAUUUUUGUACCUUCAAUGAUAACCUUAGAAAAUUUCUGCUUGUGGAAGCAGACUGAGUUGUCAUUUCUCACCUCCUUCUUGUGGUAACGUUACUCUCAGACCAUACAUUCUUCUCCAUUUCUUUCUUCUUUUCCUUUCUUUCCUGGUCUCCCAUUUCUUUUCUUCCUUCCUCCCUCCCUUACACCUUCCCUCCCUCUUCCCCAUUUCCUGCUUUCUUUAUAUGCAUGUGUUACUGCAAAUCUCCAACUCAGAUGGAGGUGUAUAUGCCUUUACUUAGCCAAUUUUGAAACAGGACUCAAAAUAGAAGACGUGCUGCUGAAUAUGUAUGACUAUUUCUUCAGUGCCAUACUUCGAUACCUUCCAAUUUGUUCACUGAUAUAAAUGCAAAUUGGGAAAAUAUUUAAACCUGUACGAUGUUGAUGCUGUCAGAUGUUUAUGUAGCUUGCUACUUAGCAUAACUGAGGGAUGAGUAAUGGAAUAAGAAUAUGAUGUGUAAUUCCACUGUUUCUUUAGAGGGUGGCAGUCUCAGUCCGGAUAUGUUGAUGUUUGAAAGCAAUUUAAUUUUAAAGAAAUGAGUCAUGUAGAGAUACAAUAUUGAUAAAGCAUUUCUAGCAUUUCUCUAGUAGGUAUCAGAGUGAUCCAUCUCUUACACAUGGGGACUAUACAUAUUGUUUAAGGGAUUAGUAUUUUGGGUUGGCCUCACUGUGUUUGUCCUGAUCCUAUGGGUAAGAGAGAUCCCAGAAGUUUGAAUUGCUUUUAUUUUAUAAUCUAUCUCUACAGGAAAGAAAUAUCAUUUUAAUAAACACCAAGCAAAAUAAUUUAUAACUGUUGCCUUUUCCUCCCCAUCUUCCCACUAAGCCAGCAACUAAAGGUGUUCAGAAAACACAUUGAUCGAGGUGGGCAGAAGGUCAUCUCUUUUUAAACUGUGAGGAAAUGUCCCUAAGUUCAGAUUUAUUAUCUUUUAGUUAGGGCAAAAGUCCAGUUACCCCAUACAUCAUGACCCAACUUUGUCUCAUAGCAGCAAGUAUGUUGAAAAUAAAUUUGCUUUGUGAACUCAGAGGACAGGAAUUUGUUAGAGUGGACAGAUUUAGUUGUGAAACAGAAGCUUCUAGAGCCACGCUUGCAUUCUGAAAUUAGUAUUCCUUAGGGUUCAGCUUCCUCUCGCUACCCUUGGCUGCACUUAGAAGGGAAUUAGAAAGCUCUGCUCUUGGCCCCUUUCUUCCCUGUUACUCUUCCCAGCUUUUCUAUAAUUUACUGUUACCCAUUCAUGGCCCAUCAGCAGGGACACAUGAGAAUGUAGGGCUUUCUUUUUUUUUUUUUUUUGCCCCUUAGUUGUGUGAAUUCCAGAUUAGGCCUUAUGGACACUUGUUCAUUGAUGUAUUUCAAGUUUGAGAAUGAUCCCUGGCAAUAUUGUAGGUGCUUAAUGAGUAUUAGUUGAAUAAAUGACAGUGCCAAGAUGAAAUUUUUUGGUUAAACAGAAAUUUCUCAAACAGAACUUGAGAAAGGACACUAAUUAAAUGUGGUCAUCUUAAACCAUGCCAAGACCUAAACGUAUUGGUUUGCUACAAUAUUUGCUAAAAUGAAUCUUCUUAAAAUGAAUUCUCAUUUAAUGGUGGAUGAAAAGAAGUUGCUUUCUCAUAGUUUGUCUUGAUCUGACUCAUAAAACUACCGGAGUCAAUCUCUGCUUCCAUUUUUGGGUGUGAUCUUUUUCUUCUUUUAAUAAAGUUAGUAAAUAUAUGGUAAAACUUUUUUUCAUUCCAGUGAAAAAACAUCAUAUUCAUGUCAUAAGGUCAAUUUUAGAAGAAUGUGUGAAAUCAUAUAGCUUGCUGAUAUUAAUGUUUUAUUAUGGCUUUGUGUAGACUAUAUUCUCAAAGGACUUUGUGCUUUCUCCUAUACCUAUGCAAGGCUUUUUAUUCCUUUAUAUGCUUUUAUUAGACCUGUUGAAUUAUGUUAACAUUUAAUUUUGAUUAUACAGAACCAAUUAUCCUUUCUGUGGAUUACUUAAAUUAGGUCAUUAGCUUUUCCUGGCCCUUAUUUUCCAGUCUUUUAGUCAUUUCAUGUUCACAUCUCUUUCUGAGUGAAGCGGCAAGACAAUAACUAAAAACGAAAGUAAAAUAGAAUUUUUUGAUACUGUGUCAAUUUCUGAUUUAGAGUUUGAUGAGAAAGGUAAAAACCACAGGCCAAAAUAAAAUGUCUGGAUUAGGAUUAUUUUUAAGAAUUUAGACUUGGGAGGGAGGAGGCAGAAGUUAAAGACUGCAUUCUUCUUUCUUCUGUUCAUGAAUGAAUGCCUUAGGAGGCCACUGGUGACUUCCCUUGUUAGAUCAAUGAUUUGCCUCCUUUUAGCUAUUUCAUAAUUCUUCCAGAUUCAGCAUCAAAUUUCAGUUAAUGAAUCAUUCUGAAUAAAUACUAGUUGUAAGUGAUUUUGAGUUGAUCUUCUGACUAAAAUGAAAAUAUCCAUUUUAAAAGCCAAGCUACAUGAAUAAGGUAUCAUCUCAUUAUAUUCAGGAAAAAACUUUCAUUUUUCCCCCCUACAUAAAGGUAGGCAUUUUCUAUUAAUUCUGCAGAACUCUCUGUAUUUCAUGUUCAUUAGUACUUUAAGACCACUGCCCUAUUAGUCUCUGGAAGAACCCCUCUAGGGUUUGCCCUUGCUUUUUUCUAGAUUUUUUUUUUUUUUACUGCAACUAGUUACUUCUCUCAACCAUGGCCCUGACAGAGGUGUUUUAAUGCAACUAUAAUAAUACUUUUAGGACUUAAAUAGAAAAUCAAAAGCAGUGAAAAAUCAUAUUACAUCCUUCUUCCAUAAGUGGUAUAGUUGAACACUGAUUUUGGGAUAUUACAUCCUUCUUUUUUGAUUUCACUUCUGUCACAUAAGCUUAUUUUUGUUUGAAAGGAAAACUGCUUUCCCUUACAUUCUUCACACUGGGUAGAAAGCAUACUGAAUUAAGAACUUAUCCCUUCAAACAACUAAUUAAUGUAGUAAUGUUAGACCAAAGGAGAUGACACUUCAUCUCCUUUCCUAAGUCCAUGAUAUUGGAAUGUUACAAUCAUUCUUAGAAGCCGUACUUUGGAAUUAAAAACAAAUGGAGGCAUAAUAAAGAUGACGAAAGAAUUUAAAAUUUAAGACAUUUGAAGACUAUUUGAAGGAUUUGGGGAGAUAUAGAUUGGGAAAGGGAGGAAUACAAUUAGUACAUUAGAGUAAUAUUCUGUGGUUCAAAAGGAUGGAAUGAAGCCCACUAAACAGUGGUAAUAGGACCACAGAUUCAUCAGAGAGAACAUCCUCAAAAAGAUGGUUUUACUAUGAAAGGAGCUGCUUCAGAUCAUAGUCUUUGUCAAGGAAAGGCUAGAUUAAAAACUCAGCAAAGAUGAUGGUGGAGAGGAUCCCAGCAUUGGUUGGGGGUUGGACCAGACGAUCUACUAACUUAAAAUUCUAUGUUGCAGUACGUUGCCUUUAUAACAUGUUUAAUUAAAUAUUUGUUGACCUGGAGAUAAUGAUUUUUUUUUUUUAAAAGUCUGCUCUUCUACAAAAAGUGUAUACUAUCUUCCAAGAAGGAGUUUGGUUAUAUGUUGUUAGGCCAAAAGACUACUUGCCCCAAGCUGGGAUUGCUUUGUCAGUUCAUUCAUUGAUGUCUUGUUGAAAUUACAAACUCAUUCCUGAGUUAAAAAACUUUUAAAUGUAUUGUUUUAGUAGAAGUCACGUGAAAUCAUGAAAAUUGUGUAUUUGUAAUUUGCCAAACAUGGGUCAGGCUCAGUUUAGUGAAUAAUUGGUGUCUCUUCAGGAUUUUAGGAGAGGUCUUUUUAGUAAAACAGAAUCUUCAGUUAAAGAUGUCAUAAACAUACCAACUUGAAGUUUUGCAGCUUCCAUCAGAGAUCAGCUGGUGGAUCACUGGCAUAAGGCAGACCCAAGAUGCGUUUUGGAAAAAUCUCAAAUAACAUUUGGUUAGUUGGUUUGAUUCUCUUGAAAAAAACAUGAUCUGAAAAUGAUUUUAACAGAACCGAGGCCAAAUUGCUUCAUAUAGAAAGUAACAAAACACAGGUCUUUGAAAAUCAGAACAUUUGCUAAUCCCACGAUCAAAUGAUUCCACCUGCAAAAUAAGUUAUCCUUGCUAGGCUCAUAGAUUCAUUGGUCUUGCAUCAGUAUAGUGAGAAACACUUGAGUUUGGGUAAGACUUCCUUUGACUCCUUUGGCUAAGAGGUCAGAGCAUGAGAGCUAGCCACCUCUUCCUUAAUUGACUGACUGAGGUGCAUGAGUCAAAUUUUUACUUUGCCACUGAGUUAAAGCAGAUUUUUUGGAGAUGUGUUCUAGUUCCUGAUGGAAACCUUGGUGGGUUGUGAUUCUGACACAUAAGAGAGAUGUAGCGAAGUGUAUAGAAAGAAGAAUACUAGGCUAAGUGUGAGGAAUCCUAGUAUGGCCAUGAAUUAAUUAGCUAUAACUUUAUGCAAAGCACAAUCUCUUGAGCAUCAGUUUCCUCAUCUAUGAGAUAGACUUAUACCUCUCGGGAUUAUUAUGAAAGUUAGACAAGAUAAAUUGAAAGUACAGUUCUUAGUAAACAAUAAGUACUCAAAUAUUAGUUCUUUCCUCCUUGAUUAAAAAUAGACUUUGGAUAGUCUUAUGCAAGGAUAGAUUCUUAAGGCAAAACAGAAAACCUCUUGACUUCAAAGAAAAGAGCUCCAUUUCUAAAUGGGCCUUAAAAGGAAGUCACUUAUAUGAUCCAUCAGUCUGUCUUUGGGCAUUAAUGUUACCCAAGAGACUUCAUUGCUUUACAUACUUCAGGAAAGGCAUUCUCUCUCGCUUGUUCUGUCUCUGACUGUCUGUCUCUCUCCCUUGCUCUCUCUACCCCCAAAACAGGCAAUUCCAGGGUUGUAAACUCCUCAUUAUCAGGAAACUUAACCUUAUUACUGAAAUACCUCAUAGUGCAAUUUGAACCUCUUCUUAAUCCUAUUCUCCAUGGAAAGAAAAAUGGGUUGAUCCUAUCUUCUUUUAAGGAGCCAUAUUUGCCAUUUAUUAUUGCCCUCUUGCCUCAUUAAAAAAAAAAAAUGACAGAAAAGCUAAUUAAGGUGAUAAUAAUUAUUUCCUUGGGGAAUUUCAGGAUGGGUAUUUAUAAACUCUUAGCUUCUUAUUGGUAUGAGAUUUAGGUAAUAAUCCUACUGUUGGUUAACUCUUCAAUUAUCAUGUACUUUUCUCCUUUAUACAACAUAAUUGAUAACAAAGUGUGCUUUUGAAAAAUUA